UAUGUACAGUUUGAGGUCGCGGUUAAACUGGAGCAUCGAUUUCCUUAUAAAACAUUUACUAAAGUAACGUAUUUAUAAUUGUUAUUAUGUUCAAACAUUUUCGGCGAUAAUGUAUCGUUUGCAUUAAUUGUUUCAAACAAAGUGCGCGACUUGUACGCGCGUAAACGUAUUCUUCGAUAACCUAACCUCCUUUUGAUACGUUGUGGAGAAUCACAGAAUAUCGUAGAAAGAAUGGCGGUUGGGUCGACGAAAGUGGUGCAGGUGACUAAUAUUGCGCCUCAGGCAACUAAAGAUCAAAUGCAAACUUUGUUCGGUUACCUCGGCAAAAUAGAGGAUAUCAGAUUAUAUCCUACUAUACGGGAUGUCGCGGUACCCGUACAGUCUCGUAUUUGCUACAUAAAAUUCCACGAUCAAGGAUGCGUAUCUGUCGCCCAACAUAUGACAAACACUGUUUUUAUUGAUCGUGCACUGAUCGUUAUCCCCUACCAGAAUGGAGACAUUCCAGACGAGCAAAGAGCCUUAGAACUAACAAACAAUGGCACCGUUGUUCCAGGUCUCUAUCCAUCAGAACCCAAACUACCACCAAACUUUGUAAACGCCAUCGAAGGAAUUCCUCCGAACCAUGUCAUCACUACCAUAGAUCCAAAAUUGGAGUCGAACGGUUUGCCACCUUAUCCACACUUACCCGGUCAUUUGGACAGCAGGAGGAUAGAAGAGAUUAGAAGAACGUUGGUUCUAGCUAACUUGGAUCCUUCGAUGACAACGGACCACCUGUUGGACUUCUUCAGUAAUAAUAACGUCGAAGUAAAAUAUUUACGGAUGUGCAGCAGGGACUCUGACUCUGAACAUUACGCGUUGGUGGAGCUGUCGGAACAAACGAUCGUACUGUCCGCGUUACUGUUGAAUGGAAAAAUGCUUAUGGAUAGGCCCAUUAAAAUUUACCAUUCUACGCAAGCGAUAGCCAAACCGGAAGCAAAAAGCAACGAGGCGGCGCAAAAGGAGAUCGAGGAAGCUAUGUCCCGUGUGAAGGAGGCCCACAAUUUAAUUUCGGCCGCGAUAGAUCCGAUGAUCGGUAUGUUGUCCAAGGACAAACGAAGCCGUAGCGGUUCCCGCAGUCGAAAAUCGCGGUCGAGAUCAAGGGGACGCAGUAGACGAUCCAGAUCGCGGAAAAGGUCACGAUCCCGUCACAGACGUUCACGUUCCCGUCAUCGACGCAGAUCGAGAUCUCGAUCGAAACGAUCCCGUUCCAAAGAACGCAGACGAAAGUCUCCUUCGCGCAGAAGGAGCAGUUCCCGGGGUCGACAUCGCUCCCACUCUCGAUCACGGCGUUCCCGAUCACGCAGAUCGCGAUCCAGAUCGAAAGACCGUAAGAAAAGAUCACCGCGUCGGAGGAGCCGUUCACGAUCGCGCAGCAAACGUUCGAAAUCGAAGUCCAGACGAUCCAGAUCCAAAUCCAAGUCCAGAUCCUCCAAGUCGAAGUAUUCGGAGAAGUCCAGGGACAAGGACAAGGAAAGAAGGAGCAAGGACAAGUCGGACAAUGGAAAGAAGAGCGACGGCGACAAAGUCGAGAAGGAGAAAAGCGAGAAAAAGUCCAGCAAAGAGAAGAAGUCGGAUAAGGAAUCGAAAUCGGAUGAAAAGAAUAGAAACACGUCCGAGAAUAGCGAAACGAAAGAGAAAACAGAGUCUGAGAAUUAAAUUUUGACAAAUCAUCGGUCUACAGAGGGUUCAUUUUGUUAAUUUAAUGUUACGAUAAUACCGUAAUGUAUUGAUCAAUAAAAAAAAGAAUUCAGGAAUGCAACAGUUCCAAGGAUUUUCUCCAACUUUUGCAUACCAC